AUGGCGAAGGAUGAUCGGGUCUCUGGCAAGAAGUACAAGCCCUUGUCCUCAGCCCGGCGCUGUUUCCGCAGCGCCAGCGUUGGCGCGACACGGGCCGUGAUCAAAGCGUGGGCCGAUAAGUACGAGCAGCGCGACCGUGGCAAUCUCAGCGAGGAAGAUUGGUGGGAGAUCGCCGCUGCCGUCAACAGCCGCGACCAGGGGCGCUGGACCGUCGAAAGCUGCAAGAAUCGGAUCAGAAAGGUGAAAACCAGGUACGAAAGAGAAAAGGCCGCGGGGUUAUCUUCUUGGAUCUUCUUCAAACGGCUCGACAAACUCCUCGGCCCGGCUUCUGAUGCGGAAGAUGUGUGGGAGCUGUGGGAGCUGGACGAGGCCGUGACAGAGACCGCGGGGCCGGUGGCGGAGCUGGCUCGGAAAUUGCGGGGAUUCGAGGCGCAGAUGAAGGAGCUGACGGGCAGGGGGUCGGACGAGCUGGUGCAGGCUCUAGCCAGGCUCGAGCAGGCGUGGUCUGGGUUCGCCGCUUCCGUUGCCAACGCAGCAGCGGCAGAAGAUGACAGCAGCAAAACAGAGGAGGAUCUUGGGGCCGACUGCGGGCCCGGCGACCAAGACGGCCCUGCGGACGGAGCUGCACGGCGCCAAACUGUACAGCCGAGUCAGACUGCAGAGAGGGAGCCUAAAAAAUCAGAGUUCUCCUCUGACCCCGCUCCUGAAUCGGGGGCAUUCAACUGA